UUUUCUUAUAAAUGCAGCUGUUUUUGCAGAAAGAAUUCAGAACUUUUUCUUCUCUGAAGAUAAUAAAAAAUGGCAAAAUUAUUUGUGGCGAUAUUAUUAGCUUGCAUUCUUGCAUGCACUCUUGCGGAUGACGGUUGCGGUUCCAAUGCAAGUUUAAAUGACUGUGGUGCAUCAUGUCAACCAACUUGUGAAACUCCUAAACCAAACACAAAACUUUGUUCAAGACUGCAAUGUACCGAAGCAACUAGAGGAUGUCGUUGCGAUGAUGGCUUUUACGCAAAGGAUGGAAGUUGUGUACCUCUCGAUCAGUGUUAACACUAGAAAUAUUUUUGAUAUCAGCAUAUGAUUUUCAAAAUUGAAAAAAAGAUAUAUUCCAAAUAUGUCAAACUUAGUAAAAUUCAAAUAAAAAAAGAAAAUUGAAAAAAAAAAGUGUAUAAAUCUAGGAGAUAUGUUUUACUUAAAGAAGUUAUUAUAUUUCUAUUUCCUAAAAUUUACGACAAAAUUUAAGCACACAAUAAAUCAAUAAAACAAAUUUCGAUUGAAUA